AUGUAUGUGGAUCUUUAUCUUGACAAAUACGAAAAAGGUCCGCUGUACGUGAAACGAUUGGCGUACAUAUGCCAGGAAUUCCCCAUCUCUACCGAUGUGGUUCACAAAUUGCUGGACAUGAUAGUGGACCCAAGAUCUCCUUACAAGUAUUUUAAGGAUACUCCCCGUUUGCUGAGGAUCACUGGCAACGAGGUGUACUUGCAACGCUACAACGAACUGCAGGUAACAACCAACUCGAAGCCGAAUUUCGAUGAUGAGCUGCUCAAACUUGCCAAACUGGAGCCUACACAAGCCAAUUUCGAACGCAUAGUCGAUCUCUUGCAUCUGCGCACGGUGCACACGCUCAUGACUACGGCGUCGAGCGAUAACGUUGGUGAUAACUCGGGUUUUUACUAUAAUUUGGGUUCAGAGUUCUCGGCCAUGUUUCGAAAACGCUCGUUCAGAGAAUUGCAGAAGCUGAUUGUCUACAAGGCCUACGACGGCAAUCUGGCGUCGUCCACGGUAUUCCUGCGGCGGAAAUUGCAACAGGUUUUGGAAUACGAGCGUGACGACGAAAGUGAUGAGGAUGAUAGAAUGGACUCUGACGAGUACAAUCUAGAUAAAGAGGAGGCCAUUGCAUACUGGACUUGUCGAUGGUACCUCCUCUAUGCACUUUUCUUGAGCAAUAACUACCAGGCAGUGGUUGAAGAGUACUUUCAGCUCACAAAAGAGCCAGCUAUUGCCGGUUAUACUGCUUCGGACGUGCUAGCGAACGAGUACAGCAAUGAGCUCAUUUUCAAAGAGUAUCUGCUGCGUACUGUGUGUUUCUCCGUCUUGGUGGCAGAGAAAAUGCAAAACUUGGAGACCAGGUGGACCGAAAUGAUCAGAGAAUCUUUUGCCUCGGAUCCACCAUUGCGAAAGCUCAUAAAGCUCUACACUGGUUGCCGAUUUUCUGAUCUGAAAAAUGUCCUCACGGAGUUUCAGUCGGAGUUCGACUACGACGAGCAGCUUUCGCAUAGCUAUAGGCUCUGGAAACGGACUUUUGAGUACAAAAUAUGCGUAUUCUAUCUGUCACUGGUUAAAAAAGUGACUUUUGAUCAUCUGGAAGCAGUUUUGGGAACCACAAGCGAGGAAAUCACGAAGCUGAUCAGUCUGUUCAAGCUACGAGUCAAGAUUGAUCAGAAAAACAACCUUGUCGAGUUCCAGGACACAGAUAGCUACAUUGACCUGGAUAAACAAAUUCAGUCAUUGAACGAUGCAACUGUGGCCGAAAUGAGAGCGCUGGAAGUCAAUAGGAUGGUUAAAGAGGCGUUUGAUUGA